GGGAGGCGGGGGGCCAGAGGCCGCCGCCGCCAUCUUGUCGCGGAGGAGCCGAGCGGAGCGGGCGGGACCCGGCGGCGGGGCCUGGACAGCAUCAUUGAUGUCCAGCUCCCCGCUGUCCAAGAAGCGCCGCGUCUCCGGCUCCGAGGCCCCCACCGGCUGCAGCCCUGCCCCUGCCCCUGCCAGCUGCCCAGCUGCUACCCCCACCAACGGCAUGGCGCGGAACGGGGCCGAGGCCGAGAUCGACGAAGGGCUGUACUCACGGCAGCUGUACGUGCUGGGCCACGAGGCCAUGCGGCGCAUGCAGAGCUGCAGCGUGCUGCUCUCCGGCCUGCGGGGGCUGGGGCUGGAGGUGGCCAAGAACCUGGUGCUGGGGGGGGUCAAGUCGGUGACCCUGCACGACCCCCACCCUGCCGACUGGUCUGACCUGGCCUCCCAGUUCUACCUGCGGGAGGAGGACGUGGGGCGGAACCGCGCGGAGGCCUCGCUGCCCAGGCUGGCCGAGCUCAAUGCCUACGUGGGGGUCAGCAGCUGCACCCAGCCCCUCAGCCAGGAGCUGCUGGCAGCCUUCCAGGUGGUGGUGUUGACCAACUCCCCCCUGGAGGAGCAGCUGUGGGUGGGAGACUUCUGCCACAGCCAUGGCAUCAAGCUGGUGGUGGCUGACACCCGUGGGCUCUUCGGCCAGCUGUUCUGUGACUUCGGGGAGGACAUGGUGGUGACCGAUGCCAACGGGGAGCAGCCCCUCAGUGCCAUGGUCUCCAUGAUCACCAAGGGGUGCCCGGGGGAGGUGACCUGCCUGGACGACGCCCGGCACGGCUUCGAGAGCGGAGACUUCGUCGUCUUCAGCGAGGUGCAGGGCAUGGAGCAGCUCAACUCCUGCGGCCCCCUGCAGAUCAGCGUCCUGGGCCCCUACACCUUCAGCAUCGGCGACACCAGCAGCUACGGAGACUACGUGCGGGGGGGGAUCGUCACCCAGGUCAAGAUGCCCAAGCACGUCCAGUUCAAGCCCCUGCGGGCGGCGCUGGCGGAGCCGCAGCUGCUGCUGACCGACUACGGCAAGGCCGAGAGGGCUGCGGUGCUGCACUGGGCCUGGCAGGGGCUGCACCGCUUCGAGAGCAGGGAGCAGCGCAGGGCACGGCCCCGCAACCAGGCGGACGCGGCCGAGGUGCUGGCCCUGACGCGGGAGCUGGCGCCGGGGGUGGCGCUGGAGGAGGAGGUGGUGAAGGAGUUGGCCUGGCAGAGCCGCGGGGACCUGGCGCCCAUCAACGCCUUCAUCGGGGGGCUGGCGGCGCAGGAGGUCAUGAAGGCUGUGUCGGGCAAGUUCAUGCCCAUCACCCAGUGGCUCUACUUCGAUGCCCUCGAGUGCCUGCCUGAGGAGGGCAAGGAGGCGCUGCUGACCGAGGAGCAGUGCCAGCCUCGCCAGAGCCGCUACGACGGGCAGAUCGCCGUCUUCGGUGCCCAGCUGCAGGCCAAGCUGGGAGACCAGAAGUACUUUGUGGUGGGGGCUGGGGCCAUCGGCUGCGAGCUGCUGAAGAACUUCGCCAUGAUGGGGCUGGGCUGCGGCCCCCAGGGCUGCGUCACCGUCACCGACAUGGACACCAUCGAGAAGUCCAACCUCAACCGGCAGUUCCUCUUCCGGCCCUGGGACGUCACCAAGCUGAAGUCGGAGCGGGCGGCGGCGGCGGUCAGCGCCAUGAACCCCUCGCUGAAGGUGCAGAGCAGGGCGGAGCGGGUGGGGCCGGACACCGAGCGGGUCUACGACGACGACUUCUUCGAGGCGCUGGACGGCGUCGCCAACGCCCUGGACAACGUCGACGCCAGGCUGUACAUGGACCGGCGCUGCGUCUACUACCGGAAGCCUCUGCUGGAGAGCGGCACCCUGGGCACCAAGGGCAACGUGCAGGUGGUGAUCCCCUUCCUGAGCGAGGCCUACAGCUCCAGCCAGGACCCCCCUGAGAAGGCCAUCCCCAUCUGCACCCUCAAGAACUUCCCCAACGCCAUCGAGCACACCCUGCAGUGGGCACGAGACGAGUUCGAAGGCCUCUUCAAGCAGCCUGCAGAGAACGUCAACCAGUACCUGACGGACCCCAAGUUCGUGGAGCGGACGCUGCGGCUGGCUGGCACCCAGCCCCUGGAGGUGCUGGAGGCCGUGCAGCGCAGCCUGGGCACGGAGCGCCCGCGGGGCUGGCACGACUGCGUGGCCUGGGCCUGCCGGCACUGGCACCGCCAGUACAGCAACAACAUCCGGCAGCUGCUGCACAACUUCCCCCCGGGCCAGAAAACCAACUCUGGGACCUACUUCUGGUCGGGGCCCAAGCGCUGCCCUCACCCCCUGGUGUUCGACCCUGACAACCCUCUGCACCUGGACUACGUGGUGGCCGCCGCCAACCUGUACGCCCAGAGCUAUGGCAUCGCGGGCAGCAGGGACCGCGGCGCCGUGGCACAGCUGCUGCGCCAGGUCCGGGUGCCAGCCUUCACCCCCCGCGCAGGCGUCCGCAUCCACGUCUCCGACCAGGAGCUGCAGAGCGCCAGCAGUGCCCUGGACGAUGGGCGCCUGGAGGAGCUGAAGGCUUCGCUGCCCAGCCCCGAGGAGCUGCCAGGCUUCCGCAUGUUCCCCAUCGAGUUCGAGAAGGACGAUGACUCCAACUUCCACAUGGAUUUCAUUGUGGCUGCCUCCAACCUGCGGGCGGAGAACUACGACAUCCCCCCCGCAGACCGCCACAAGAGCAAGCUGAUCGCCGGCAAGAUCAUCCCUGCCAUCGCCACCACCACGGCCGCCGUGGUGGGCCUGGCCUGCCUGGAGCUCUACAAGCUGGUGCAGGGGCACCGCCGCCUGGCAUCCUACCGCAACUCCUUCCUCAACCUGGCGCUGCCCUUCGUCGCCUGCUCGGAGCCCCUCGCCUGCCCCCGCAACAAGUACUACGACGUGGAGUGGACGCUUUGGGAUCGCUUCGAGGUGCAGGGGGUGCAGCCGGAUGGGCAGGAGAUGACCCUCAGGCAGUUCCUGGCAUACUUCAAGAAGGAGCACCGUCUGGAGAUCACGAUGCUGUCCCAGGGCGUCUCCAUGCUCUACUCCUUCUUCAUGCCAGCUGCCAAGCUGCGCGAGCGCCACGACCAACCGAUGACGGAGAUCGUGGCGCGGGUGUCCAAGAAGAGGGUCGGGCGCCAGGUCAAGGCCUUGGUGUUUGAGCUGUGCUGCAACGACGACAGCGACGCCGACAUCGAGGUGCCCUACGUGCGCUACGCCCUGCGCUAGGCUGGCCCCGGGCCUGGCCCCGCCCCGGCCCCGCCCCCGGCCCCGCCCCUGCCGCCCAGCGUGGU